AGAAAAGAAACAAUAAGAAAAAUCGUUGAAAUUGAAACAUCAAAUGGGGACCAUUUGUUUGAAUUCCCCCACUAUUUUUCUUACGUCAUAUUUGUAGGCCCAAUCAUACGACGUAUCUCUACCUCAAGUCCAUCCCCUCUCCUCCCACUACUAAGAGACAUUUUUCUUCUCUCGAUUUAUCAGGACUUCUCAUCCUUCUUUCUUCUUUAGUAUAUCAAAAAUACUCUUUAAGUUCACGUCGAAAAUCUAUCAGUUCGGAUUUACAAAAACACACACACACACAUAUACAAAAUCUAAAUUGUUAAAAACUCACUUGCGUUUAAAAAAAAAGAACUAAUCUAAUAAUAACUGUGAUAAAUAAAAUAAAAAAUAAAAACAAACGGAAGUUGAUCAACCACGUGCACCAUACACAACACCUACACGCACAUGUUACACAUACAUGGAAAUAAUAUAAACGAGGGAUUACGAAAAAUUCGUACACAAAAUAAAAAAGAAAUUAAUUGAAAUUAAAAUUGAAAUUUUGUAUCAAAUUUUUUGAUAAUUUUAACCAUGAUGUCCAAUAAACCGAAGUUGAACUUUUUUUUAUUUGAUAAAUUACCAAUAUUAAAAGUACCAGAUAACAGUUAUUAUCCUUUAAACUCGAGUUUGGACGAAGAAUUACGAAGAUUAUUUUCGGAUGAUUUAACGAGUCAAAUUAAAAUCAUUAAUCCUGAGAUUAAAGAAUGCAAUGCUUGCAGAUGUUUGAAUGAUACUUCGUUAUCUAAUUAUUGUGAUCAAUGUCAACGAUAUAAACCAGUCGCAAAUUCAAUGGACGAAUUUCGUAAAAAUGGCGUUGAUUACGAAUAUAUUUCUGAAUCCGAUGAAGAAAACACAAAUGGUAAAUCAUCAACAUCAAAUAUUCAUCUGCGUCUUAGACUUCGACCAAAAAAAUAUAAAAAAGCGGAACAAAAUGUAUGCGUAUUUUGUAAAAAUAAUGGUGAACAUGAAUUUUUUUAUAAAUCGCAUAUACUUAAAAACAGCAAUGGCCGUGUACAAUGUCCCAUUUUAAGGCACUACGUUUGUCCUAUUUGUGGAGCAACUGGGGACAUAGCACACACAACAAGUCACUGUCCACUAAAAUUAGGAACCAAAAUAAUUGAAACAAAUGGUGGAAUAAUAAAACAAACGACAAAUUACAAUGAAAUAACUUCGAAUAAAAAUUACGACGAAAGGAAGUCAUCAUCAAAUUCAAUAAUCUACGAUGACAAAUCUUUAACAUCAAGUUACAUCACAAAACCUUCAACUUCAAGUUACAGAGAAUGGACUUCUUCAACAAAUUUUAAUCAUAUUGCAAAACCAAUAUCCUUAAGUUUAUUUUUAAGAACAUUGAAUUCCAAUUACGAUGAUAGAUCUUCGAUUACAACACAUUGUUUUUCGAAUUUAAAACGAAUUUCGACUGGUAAACAAUUUAAAAAGUAA